UUGUUACGCGACCCUGACAUGGAAGUAAGAACCGAUUAUGACGGCUACAUGUCUGCAGUGAAUAACUUUUUCACGUACCUUAUGCCUCUUAUAGCACAGAAACAGCACUCCCAAGGUGGUCCUAUCAUAGCAGUACAGAUUGAGCAUCAGUAUGGAUCCUUUAGUGAAGACACUGAGCACUUACAGAAUCUAAAAAAGCUGAUGGUACAGCUCGGUGUGCGAGAAAUGAUGCUGACGUCAGACGGUUGGAGGGAUGAUAAUAAACUAGGCAUGGCAGUAGCACCUUUCCACGAUGCCGCCCUACCGACAGUCAGCAUCAGCAACAUUGAGGAAGGAAAGCCAGCGUUUGAUCACAUCAGAGGUCUGAGUCCAGACUUCCCACUAUUUGUCUCCAGCUUCUGGUCUGGAGCGAACAACUACUGGGGAGAAAGCUUCAACUCUGGCUCCACACUUACAGAGUUUACAUCAAACCUAGAGGAGAUACUGAACACAGGAGCCUCAGUCAACUUCUACAUGUUCCAUGGAGGUACAAACUUUGAUAGUACUGCUGGGGCUAGUGAUCGUCAUGGCUACCGGCCAGGAAUCACAAGUUAUGAUUAUGAUGCACCGUUAACAGAAUGGGGAGCCAUAACACCUAAAUUCAAGGCUAUCACAGAAAUGCUUCUGAAGUACGACUACAUCCGACCCGAGGAUUUAGUAUUAUCGGAUAUAUCUCGAGUUCCACAGAAGACUGCUUAUGGUAGUGUGGAAAUACAAGCCUAUCUGAGUUUUGAGAACAUGCUGUCUAGAGUGAAGGAUGUCCAGAGGUCCCGCCUUUUACUGACAAUGGAGGAGCUGAAGAGAGGUCAAAGGUCAGGUUUCAUACUGUACAGGUCAACCAUACCUAGUGCGACCAUCCUCAGACUGACCGACAAGCCUCGAGACAGAUUACAGCUGAUGCUGAACGGUAUAAACAUGGAGAAGGUGUUUGACUGGACCACUGCUGACUUCCAUACAACUGACGUCUCCUCUGAAAGUAUUUUCACCAACAACACACUGGACCUUCUGAUUGAAAAUGCCGGUCGGGUCAGUGAGGUCAAACAGGGGUCAAAAUGGCUGGACAUGCAGAGGAAAGGUCUCCAUGGUGAUGUGCUGGUUGACCGCCACGCUAUUGAACACUGGUCAAUCUACAGCCUAGAUUUCUCAACCAACUACAUCAACAGAAUCAGAACGUUUGACAAUUGGAAGCCAUUUGCCUCACCGGGUUUGGUGCCAGCAAUGUACCGAGCAGAGCUUUACAUAGAUCAACCACCCACAGACACAUUUCUAUCCCUCGCAGGCUGGCAGAAGGGGAUGGUCUUUGUGAAUAGCCACAUGGUUGGUCGUUACUGGAGUGUGGGGCCCCAGAGGUUUCUUUAUGUCCCCUCUUCCUUCCUGAAACGAGGGGUAAACUCGAUUUUGAUAUUUGAACAGCACAAGGCAGGAUCGACGAUAUAUUUUUCUGAUAAACCGUCCAUAGGAAAAAUGAUGGCAACUGAAAAGAACUGACAGGAUUUUCUAAGAAAGAAAUUGACAUUCCAGGACAUAAUGUCAUCUUCUCAUCAUCACUGAACCUAUGCGAAGUAUCUGAACAUGACAGAUAAGUCUAUACUUUGAUGGAGGAGAGUGAUCAGGGCUGUAUGACCUUAAACACUCAUUAAUCCACUAUCAACCUUCUUCCUAGAAUCUCAUAACUUGUACAGUCAAGGUAACACCAUAUAUGGCUAUCACGAACUCUGUGGUCUUAGCAGCACCAUGUAGUGUUUAUGAAACAUUGUCAUAAUCAUUCCCGGGUUUUUGUACUAGAGAGCUAAUGCAAUCUUUUCCUGCAUUUCACAUAAUUAGCUCAAUAUCCUGUAAUUAUGGCGGAUAGCCUUUUUGCAGCAACAGUAAGGUGAACUUACCUAAUAUGACGCUCAACAAUAGCAAUUCCUACCAUUGCUAAAGAGUACUGAGACAGGUCUCUCUGUCGUCAGGGACCAGCUAGAUCAGAAACUUUCUCGGUUGACAAGGAGCGGAUGUUCAGUUGGUAGUCACUAGUAGUGUCUAGUGUCCAAUGACUCUUCCAGAUUUAAAUACUAACUUUAAAUCUUGAGCAGUUACCAAUUGGUACCAGUGACCAAUUGUGACAAGAGAAUUCCUAGAUCUGGGUGGAAAGUAGUGGGGGUUAACACCUAAAAAUAGGAGGAAAGGGUGAUUUGCGAAGUUGAAUAUUGGCUCUGCUUCGCCUAAAUUAGUCAGGUUUGCUUACACAUCCAGAGAAACAAAGAUUUUCUAUGUUACCCGUCCAAACAUUCCUCAUUUACAUAAUUAUGAUAAACUAGGAUUCUCUACAUUACCAUUUAAAACAUUCCUCAUUUAGAUACUUAUGUAUUUUUAUGGUGUAUUAUAUACAUAUUAUGUAAAAUAUGUGUUUUGCAUGUUAGGUGAUUGAUGAUAAUGAUAUUGAUUUGCGAUUAUAUUUUAUUUUCUCUGAUAACCGACUCUGUUAACGUGUGUAAGAAGAAAUGUAAGUUUGAGCUUAUUGUAAUUUAUUUGAAAAGCUGAAUCUGUUCAUUAUUAAGGAUGCAAGUGUGAGAACUGUUGUAAUUAUCAAAGUUGUUGAAUAUGUUUUGUCCAAUAUUAUUUUAAUUUCUGUGAGAAUAUAUGUGUACUUAUUGAGAAUGUAAGAGUUGAUAAUUAGGAUGCCAUUGUGAUCUCAUUUAAUUGCGUCAGAG